AGGUCAAAGAAGCAAAGAAAACAUUCAAUUGUAUUGUUAUGGAACCAACAGAUGACAGACCGGAGGUCAUACAAGGAAAGGAAACAUUCAAUUGUAUUGCUGUGGAACCAAAAGACGUCAGACCGAAGGUCAAGGAAACAAAUGAAACAUUCGAUUGUAUUGUUAUGGAACCAAAGGACGACAAACCGGAGGUCAAAGAAGCAGAGAAAACAUUCAAUUGUAUUGUUAUGGAACCAAAAGACGUCAGACCGAAGGUCAUACAAGGAAAGGAAACAUUCAAUUGUAUUCCUAUGGAACCAGAAGACGUCAGACUGGAGGUAAAGUUGUAAAAUUUGUUUUAAUGUAUUGAUUUUAAGUUUACAGCAAAACAGUCUUUUCUUUCAAUAUUCUUUGGAAUAGUUCAACCGUUGUUUACUGUUUGUAAAUCUAUUUUUAUUUUUUGUUGAUAUAACCUUUAAAGAUUGAUGGAUGGGCGUCCUUUUCAGAUCAUAGUAAUACUUAAUCGUACACAAUUGUUUCAAGUGAACUAUUUCUUUGAAAUAAAAGACUAAUUUUGACUGCACUGUCUUAGAAGAUCUUCAUAUUUUUUCAGUUGAUUCACUAAAUUGGUUGCAUGAUCUUAUUUUGAUCUAUUUUUUCAACUUUUCCACUAUGUUUAUGUACGUAAAUUUCAUGAUAUUUUACUUUACAUUGUCUCUCACUAUGGGACAUGUUUAAUAGCGAUGAUAAAAUGUUAUAAUUUAAUUCUGUUGCUUAAUAUCUCUUACUCAUACCUAUUGUUUCCAAAACAUUAUGCUUAAUUUGUUUGUACAUUAACUUGCCUGGAACAAUUUCAGCAAUCUAGUUAUUACAAUAUUAUGAGAAAACACAUUAUACGUAAAAGUCGACGAGAUCAAGAUAUGGAUUUUAUGGUGCGUAUGUAUCUGUUCGCAAUAACUUGGUAAGUGGCUAAGACUUACAUGAAUCAACUAUGAAAAAUAGCGUGAAUCGUUUAAUUGUUUUUAAUGUGAGUCAAUUUUGAACGAUAUUGUUCAUAAGAUCAAAAAUAUUUGAUAAAUGAUUUAUUUAUUACUUGACGUGUCAUAUACCUUUUUAAGGUCAAGGAAACAAAUGAAACAUUCGAUUGUAUUGCUUUGGAACCAGAAGACGUCAGACCGAAGGUCAUAGAAGAAAAGAAAACAUUCAAUUGUAUUGUAAACAGAGUUAUAGAAACAGUUAUGGAACCAAAAGCCGACAGACCGGAGGUAAAGUUGCAAAAGAUUGGACAUGACAAGAAUAUGAACUCUAUUGUCAAAAGGAGAACAAGAAUGAAAGAUGUUUGUAGUUUAAUAGAACUGGGCAAUGGACAGCAAAAUAAUGAUCUUGAUAUGAAAACUAGAAGUUCAACUGGGUAUGAAUUUCGAAAACCCGAAGAUGACACAAUCAAAGAGGCAUAUGUUCACCAAUAUGCCGAUUUGAUGCCCUCUGUCGGUCUUAUAUAUUCUAAUGUAACUAGUGGUACAAUUUUCCGAGCCGGAACCAAACAUGCAAUGACAGCUUGGCACGUUGUUAAAAAGAUUACUGAUCCACAUGGGACCAAAAAUUAUGAUUUCAAUAAACUCAAUCAUCCUGACAUCUACAUAACAUUUGGACAGGCAACAAGACAGUUUCGUCUUAAAGGAUUGGACAUAUUUACAGACAAAAAUCUUGACAUCUCCGUCUUGGAGCUCACUGAUGAUGCAUCAUCAUUGCCGCCGCCUUUAAAAUUGUUACGUGAUGAAGUAUCUGGUGUAAAUGAUGUAGCAAUAAUUGGCUAUGGACAUCCCAGUGAUAACAGUAAAAGGCUUACACACAGUGCUAAAAUUUUACCUAGGGAGACCGUACGGAACGGACUCGAAAACACAAUGCGCAUUAUAGAUUUAAAUGGUAGUUGUUUACGUUCAAUGAUUAGAUCGGCAGGUAAUGAUCCAAAUAGUGUGUACAAAGGUUACAAUGGAUAUGAUAAUCCAGACAGAUUUUUGUUCAAUUCAUAUGUAGGACCAGGUGCCUCAGGUUCUCCAAUGUUUUCAAAAGAAGACCCUUCUUCGCUGAAAGUUGUUGGUGUGUAUACAAGUGGAUAUCCAGAGUUUGCUUAUUAUUUACCACAGUCAUAUACUAUUGCACCUGAAUUCACAUUUGAGAUGGCUACCAAAAUGAGCUCAAUAUAUAAAUCUAUUGCAUCGCGUGAUCAAAAUUUGAUGCGCGAUUUAUUUCAAUAACCAGUGAAAGCUAAAUGUGAUAAGUGUGUUAAUAAACUAGAACAUUGUAGAUUACCAAAAGGAGAAUGAUUGUUAAGAAAAAAAAACGAAUAAGAAGCGACAUUAUUUCUGCUAGAAUAGAUAUAUAGGGUUAAAAGCAUGUAUGUUCAUCUAUUUGUACUAUAUUUUUAUUGGUACUAUGAGUGACUUGUGUGCUAUUCAGAAAUGCUCCCAUGCUAACUAAGGUUUUGAGUGCAAGGAUUUUACGUUAAGAUCUGAACUAAAUUUACCGCAUACAUCCAUGUUAUUGACCUGUUUAAAAGUUUUUUUAUUUACAUACCUGUAUAUGACAUACUGUAUUUAUCAGUCACAUGACUGUAAAUACAAGUGUAUAAGAGUUCUAUAAAAAAACAUACAUUAACUUAAUCUGAUCAAAAUACCCUUGACAUAAAUACAGUUUGCCUAUUUCGAUUAUCUGUGAUAAUUCAAUGUUAUUUUUAAAAGUUAACAUUUAAGGUAUUUGUCCCAUAAUGGGCACUAUACAG